AGGGUCUCUGAGCAAGGGAGUCCUAUCCCAUCCUCUGUCCUCUAUUUCAGCUAAUGUUACUCUCUCAUCCUCACCAAAAAAAUUAAAAGAAUAUUAAUUGUGGGUUGAAUUCAACCACAAAGGCAAUAUGCAAAGUUUAAAGAAGAAUCGUUUAUAUCUCUUUUUGACAUGCUGCAUGAGAAAUAACAUUCAUCCGGCUAAUUUGAUGUCAGAAAGCUUUGAUGGAACCUAUAAUGAAAGUACAAAAACGAACACAGUGACAGAAGAAACCUCUGAUUUAUGCUGCCAACAAACUACACAACAGGAUGACUUGACAGAAGUAAUAUCUGAGGUACCCCUCCAUGAAUGCCCAAGUCAAAGUGAAUUGACAGAAGGAACUAGUGGAUACAGCAGUAAAAUCACCAAGCCAAGUGAACUGAAUAGAGUAUCCUGGGCUGUCACCACUACCACCGUUUCAGAACUACUUACCGAAAAUGAGAAUGGUGAUGAAGAUAACUCUGACUUGAUCUACUCAGAUAGAGGGAAAAUUAAUAAAAUUUUGCAUUCAGUUCUGUCAUCCUUUGCAUGUGGAAUUUUUGGACUCUUGCUGAUAUUCCUGGAUAUAUCACUUGUCAUAAUAGACCUAGUUUUCACUGAUAAAAUUUAUAUUCCUUUGGGAUAUCGGUCAGUUUCCCUAGCUAUUGCUUUAUUCUUUUUCCUGGAACUUCUUCUUCGAGUAUGUGUAGAAGGGAGAUGGCAUUAUUUUUCUGAUAUACUUAAUAUCUUAGAUGCUAUCAUUAUUGUAGUGAUUCUGCUAUUUGACAUCAUUUACAUUUUUAAUAACACUCAGUUUGUUGGAGAUAUCCCCAGAUUGGCAGUUUUUUUCCGACCUCUACGACUUAUCAUUUUCAUGAGACUUUGUCUUCUGGCUCGUCAAAAACGUCUUGAACAGCUGACCAGAAGGAUGGUUUCAGGAAACAAAAGGCGAUACACAAGAGGAGGAUUUGAUCUGGAUCUCACUUAUGUUACUGAGCAUAUUAUUGCUAUGUCAUUUCCAUCUUCUGGAAAGCAAUCUUGGUACAGGAAUCCAAUUACGGAAGUCGCACGGUUCCUAGACAGUAAACAUCAGGGCCACUAUCAAGUCUACAAUCUAUGCAGUGAGAAAGAAUAUGAUCCUAAGUACUUCCAUUAUAGGGUUAAUAGAGUCAUGAUUGAUGAUCACAACGUCCCCACUCUGCACGAUAUGGUGGAGUUCUCUAAAGAUGUCGAUAAAUGGAUGUCCAAAGAUAAGGAAAACGUCGUAGUGAUUCAUUGCAAAGGAGGCAAAGGCCGAACAGGAACUAUGGUUUGUGUCUGCCUUAUUACCAGGGGAAUCUUUUUAACUGCACAGCAGAGCCUUCGUUAUUUUGGACAACGACGAACAAAUAAAACCAGCAGCACUAAAUUUCAGGGAGUAGAAACUCCUUCUCAGAAUAGAUACGUUGGAUAUUUUGAAGAAGUGAAACAUACCUACGAUUGGAAUCUUCCUCCAACAAAAUUUCUCUUGUUAAAAAAAUUCAUUAUUUAUUCAAUUCAUGUUACUCAUGGUCAACUGCAGUCCAAAAAUAGGCAAGAAACUAAUGGUAGCGGCUGUAUAUUCAGAGCUGAGGAACUAAACAGGUGGAGAACUGGACUCGGAAGUGGCAAUGGAUGUGAUCUAACCAUGCAAGUGAUAAUGAAGCAAAGUAUUAUUUAUUCCUGUUCUUCAUCCCAAAAUGCUAAGAUUUUUCAUGACAGUGAAUCAAACAGAGUAAUAAUACAUAUAUUCAGCUGUCCACCUUUGUGCGAUGAUGUGAAAAUGCAGUUUUUCCUUUGUUCCGGUGUUCCUAAAUACUAUACCAAGUGCCAAUUUUUCUUUUGGUUUCAUACAUCUUUUAUAAGGAAUAACAGGCUUUAUCUACCAAGAAAUGAAUUGGACAAACUCCAUAAACCAAAAGCAUGGAAAAUUUACCAGCCAGACUUUGCAGUAGAAAUUUAUUUUGAGGAGAUAAUAAUCUAGAGUUGGUAUCUGGUUACUGAAUUAUUGUCCUCCCAAUCCCCUUCACAUUUAUGUCUUCUAAGCCUAUUUUCUUACUAUAAAUAUAUU